GCACUAGUUGAAAAUGAAAACAAAAACAUGAACAUGUGGUCUAGUGGAGAUAAAUUAACCAAAGUCCCCUUCAAUCACAAACGAUUUGUUUGUGUAGAUUAUCCAGGUGUUGUCAAAAAUGUAGAUAAUGCGUUGAAGUCUGUAGGUGGAACUGAAAAUGUUUCAAAGGUAUACUCAGAAUCAAACAAAAGAUUAUCAGUAAACUGGAGGCCUGCUGAUCCAUUCUGUAAACCAGCUUUUGGUGAAAGAUGUUCUACCACAAAUUUAUUGAUGAAGGUCAAAAGAAGACCAAAGAAGGGAGAUAAAUCCAAAUAUGAAUUUCAAGUUGAAGUACUCGGGAUUAUUGAUACAACCUACAAAUUUAAUGCCAUGGCAGAUUUCCAGUAUCUUCCUUUCAAUAGAGCAGAGUCUGGAUAUGAGAACAUAUCUCACCAGUUACACCUCAAGGAAAAUGUGGAUAGAAAUGAGUUCUUCAAUCGAGAUGCAGCUUUAUUCUUACCACCAGUGAUAUUUUCUAGAUUUGAUCUUCCUGACAAGGAUUACCUGUAUAGAGGAGAGAUAUCUCAUAAACCUGGCUAUGUUAAUCCUGACCAUAGCAGACCAACACAUCUCAUUGGAACCAUACGUCAGAAGAGAACAGUGUAUACAAGAUUUGUCAGCUAUGUUGAUGAUGUACCAGCAAGUCCAUCAGAUGAGGCAGACAGAGAGUUACAUAAAAAAUUCUUCAAACCAAAACAGGAAGAAGAACUGAAAAAGCUUUUUGAAACACGUCCUAUUUGGUCAAGAGCUGCAUUGAAUUACCAUUUCACAGGAUUUAAGGACAAACUGAAGUAUUUGUUACCAUUGGUAGCUUUUUAUUACACGAAUGGUCCAUGGAGGUGUUUGUGGACCAAAUAUGGAUAUGAUCCAAAAAAACAUCCAGAGGCUAAGAUGUAUCAAACUAUUGACUAUAGAAAAAGACAAGCUUCCUGUGGAGAUAUGGUGGCAAUAAAAUGUAAGAGAUCAGAAAAUACCUUGGCAUUCCCAGCUCUGAAACGUAAUGCACCAAAUGUUCCUAAAAUAGAUCUGGAGAGUCUUGAUAUAAACAAACCAAGUGGUAGUAAACAAAAACCAGGAGCAACAACAGAAUCAGAACCAGUACAUAUAUACAGACCAGAUAGGUUACCACCAUGUAGGCAAAUGUUUUACCAAAUUUGUGAUAUACAAGUUGAUGAAGUUCAAGAUUUAGUUAAAAAAGGAAAGACAAAAAAUUGUGAUGAGAAAGAUGGAUGGUGUCCUAGAGGUACAAUAGAGAAAUGUCGAGACUUGAUGACAGAGCACACAGAGAAACUAAUACAUCAGUCAGGAUCAUCAUUAGAACCUGGAGAAUAUGCUAGGAAUCUGAGAUUAAAAAGAAUAAAGAAAAAGAAAAUUUAUGAAGAAGAAACAGAUGAAGAGGAAGAAGAAGAUGAAAUACCAGAUACAGAGGAAGAGGAUGAAAGGGAGACAAAUGAGGAUGAACAGGAAAUCACUGAUAUAAAUACAGAUUCUAUUCUGGGAGAGGACUUAAAUUUAGAAAGUAUGAUAGAGGAAGACAUGAGUUUCAUGGAAACUGAGAUGUUAGACUGUGUUUGAUGGGCAAUAAAGAUAGUCUCCUGAUUGCACAAGGACUGAAAGUCAGAAAGAAGACCUUGUCUGAUUGGUCAGAGUAAAUCAAUCACCGUAUGAGGUUGUAUUUGAUCAGUCAAAAAAUAAUCAUAUUGCCAUUUGAUCAAGUAUAUGACAGAUGGAGAGAGAAGUGAGGUAAACUAAGG